AUGACGGUCGGGGUCGAGACGGCCGGGCUUAACCCGAUGUCGUUCGCCGACCAUUUGGCGCCCACGAUGGAGCGCUUGAAAUAUCAGCGUGAAACUGGGCGAUUCUGCGAUGUGCUGAUUACCGUGAAUGGUCGGCGAUUUACGGCCCAUCGAAAUAUUCUGGCCUCGUGCAGCCCGUACUUUGACUCGAUAUUCAGGCACACGAAGGUUGUACGUGAAAAUGUUACUAUGAAUAGCAUCCAAACCGACGUCUUCGAGCUGUUCCUCAACUACAUCUACAGCGGCAAUAUCGUCAUCGACAAGCUGUCCGUUAAUGAACUGCUAAAAUUGGCGAACAAUUUAUUGAUCCCAAAACUAAAAUCCUACUGCUCGGAAUAUCUUGACCGAUACCUCGACGCCACCAACGUGCUCUCGAUCAAACAAAUGGCCGAAAAGUACGGAAUGAUUGCGCUGAUGAAGACCGCCACCGAGUUCUUCGACGCCAACAUUAACCGUUGCCUAUUGGAAUCGGUGGACAUUGUCCAAUACUCUUAUUCCCAGUUUACGAAGCUGCUAGCCGAGCCGAAAUAUGCCGGCCUGAUUCAGCCGGACGCGCAUUUGAAGGUAAUCGUUCGCUGGAUAUCCGAUGACGUCGAGAAGCGACAGGCCUACUUCCGGACCCUGCUCGGCACGUUGCAGUUGACGAGUGUUAGCGAAUCAACAAUGGAUUUCCUGCUCGAUUUCGCCUCGCUGUUCAUCAACAGCACCACCAGCCGCGUGCUUUUCAUGCAGCAAUUAAGUCGAGCCGGCAUGCUUACGGAAAAAUAUCAGGACGAAUACGCGCAUUUGUUAUCGACUACAGCGAUUCCGGAAGAUCACGCUCCACAGGCCGUGGAGAAUAAUCAGGACCUCGACGAGCUCGACGACGAGGAGGGCUUCAGCGACCUGGAGGAUGAGGAUGGGAGUCUCUACGGCUCGGAUGCGGACUCUGGAGAUGGGAUGGAUGCGGAAUACGGUGCACCGAGGACGCGGAAACGGCGCCACGAGGGUUCUUCCGGAAGUGAGGGCGAGACGGCGAAACGAGCACUUUUGCACACGAUCAAAAAACAAAAAGGGCUGAAGCGGCGCGGACGACCGCCGAAGCGGAUUACGGACGAUGACGUGGAUAUUGCCGCGUUCGACGAAGAUGAACUGGACGGUGUCUACGCCGACGCAAUGUUCCUCACCGGCACGACAACCUAUGCCGAAGACGAUAUCCUGGACCCAGAUAUGGUCGAAGACGGCGAGGAGGUGUCCGACCCGUCCGGCUCGAACCCGUGCAACUACUGCCGAUUUGCCUCCAACAGCGAGGAGGAAACAGCCCGCCACACGGCUCGAAAACACAACCGGAACACGAUUUUUGUGUGCCAGCUGUGCGAUUUUGAGUGCAAGUGGAGCAAGAGGUUCUAUGAGCAUGUCAGGAUGCACCAUUUUAAUGCACCACCCUACAACUGCAUGCAUUGCCAGUAUAUCUCGUCAGAUCGGGUGCAAGAUUUACUGGGUCAUAUGUUGACGCAUACGGAUGUACGAUUCUUCAAGUGCGCAACUUGCGGUUUCCGAGGACGCACCCGGACUCAAGUCUGGGCCCACGAAAAGAUGCACACGGAUGAGACAACCCUCCACUGUAUCGAAUGCGGCCGUUCUUUUAACCAGCAAUCCGCUCUGGAUACUCAUAUGGCGACACACUCGGAUGUUAGACCUCACGUGUGCGACGAGUGCGGCUUCGCGUCAAAAUCCCCUGACGACAUCCUCGCCCACAAAAAGGGACAUAAUGGCGACAUCUUCUACUGUCAUAUCGAGGGCUGCGAUUAUAGUUCGCCAAAGAAAAGCCAGCUCGCCGCCCAUUUGCGGACCCAUUUGGCCGUUCGAGCCCAUAUGUGCAAGAUUUGCAACCGUGGCUUCAUCGAAAAGUCGCAUCUGGUCCGCCACGAGCGGAUUCACCUGCAAGAAAAGCCGUUCAAGUGUGACAUUUGCGAUUACGCGAGCUCGAGGAGGGACAAGUUGAAGGAACAUAUCUUGAAACACCACAACAGCGCCCAGACCAACCGCGCCCAGCGCCGGAAGUACAAACGUGAACGACAGUUGGCCGCUUUGGCCGCACAAGAAGCCGAAGAAGCGAAACUCGUCGGCGGGUCCGAGAACGUCUUCCGUCCCAUCAACCAUUCCGACGUCGUCGAGCAGUGGCAAUCGGCGCAUGGCCAUCAUUUCCAGCAACAAGGCCAAUUCUCGCCACUCGGCCGUUCGACUUCCGUUUGCGUUGAUUUCUCCUCGAAUAACUUCAACUCACAAAUGGUAUCCCGGUCGCCGCAUAACCACUCGGUUAAUAUGGAUUUUGGCCCAAGCACCUCCUCCGACAUGGGCAACCGAGCGAUGAGCGUCCCGCCCUAUUCUCAAUAUCAAUUAAACCCGCAGGAACAUGUGUAUGCCCCUGGAGAAGGCCCCUCACAAUUCGCGCAGCAGGCCUUCCAACAACAACAGCAGCAACAGCAACAGGAUCAGCAGCAGCAACAACAACAACAGCAGUGGUGG